CAUCCGACCCUUGCUCACCAAGCCCCGCUCCUGCCGCGACAGAAUCGGGUCAGAUCGGGGAGGCGGCGGAGGCAGGGAGCUCGCACCACCAUGGACGAGGAGGAGCACGAGGUGUACGGCCAGGAGAUCCCGGAGGACGGGGACAUGGACGGCGCCUACGUUGACAUGGCCGCCGCCGGGGAUGACGCGGCGAAGCUGCAGGAGCUCGACGAGAUGAAGCGCAGGUUGAAGGAGAUGGAGGAGGAGGCCGCCGCCCUCCGCGAUAUGCAGGCCAAGGUCGCCAAGGAGAUGCAAGGAGGUGACCCUAGUGCAUCGACAGCUGAGGCGAAGGAGCAGUUGGAUUCUCGUUCUGUGUAUGUUGGAAAUGUUGAUUAUGCAUGUACCCCAGAAGAAGUGCAGCAGCAUUUCCAAGCCUGCGGAACUGUCAAUCGAGUGACAAUCUUGACCGACAAGUUUGGGCAGCCAAAAGGUUUUGCUUACGUGGAAUUUCUGGAACAAGAAGCUGUUCAGGAAGCUCUUAAUUUGAAUGAAUCUGAAUUGCACGGUCGCCAGAUUAAGGUUGCACCGAAGAGGACUAAUGUCCCUGGUAUGAAGCAGCGGCCACCACGUGGAUAUAAUCCAUACCAUGGCUACCCUUAUAGAUCAUACGGAGCACCGUAUUUCCCACCAUAUGGCUAUGGGAGAGCUCCCAGAUUCCGUCGUCCUAUGCGCUACAGACCUUACUUGUGAAGUCAAAUGCAAAUCCAGCCAUAGUCAGUCCCGUGAGUAAUUCAACCUGCCGAUGUUUUGUUUGCACUGUUUCAUAGUAUUGCGGGUGGAUGUUCCUGUCUUGUUACCUUUGUGGCUUCUGUUUAGCUGCUGCCAUCGUCGGACAUGUACUUUUGGUUGCUGUAAUACGAUGUGGUAGCUAAACAGCAUGAUGUAAUACCGGUUUGCGUACUUUGUUCUGGAGCUUUCGGUAUUCUAUGCAGCUCUUUUCAGAAGA